AUGGCAUCGCUAAUACGGAUCUUGAACUACUCGCCGACGGAAGAAGCACAUCAGAGCGAGGAAGCGUCGCCGAGCGGGGCAGCGUCGCCAAACGAUUCAGAACAGCCCGAGGAACCAGCGAGACCAAAUGGAUCAGCACCGCCGACUGCACCAAAGGCACCGGGCGGAGCAAUGUUGAUGGGCAAGUCCAACUCCCUUCCUGAUCGAAGCGAACUUGGAGUGUCAACAAUUGAAUCCCAAUCGGUCACAACCGAUGCGAAACAACUGGUUCAUUACAACGGUCGAAAUUGGGCCCUGUCGGAUCAAACGGCGGCAAAUGAGCUUGUCCGCGAGGCGGCUUACCUACAAUCCGACGACCCUGACCAACUUCUAAGGCUUUGGAAGGCCACCCCCCGACCUGUCUAUAUGCCCGACCCUACACUUUAUGAGAUAUUUGCGGUUCACCGGCAUAAGGAGGUCAAGAAUGAGAAAGGUGAGAAAGCCAUCUGGCUACAGGUACAAUGGACGGGUUUCAGCAAAAGGGACACGACUUGGGAGCCAGAGACAUACGUCAAGCAAGUCGCCUCGGGUGUGUUGAACGAGUACUGGUCCAAGCGAGCAAAACGCCCAGCAAAGAUAUCCAAGCGGGUCCGUCCAUAG